AUGGCUGCCAGCAAUUUGCUGUUGGUUGGUGUGGAGAGCAAGCAGAGGGUGUGCUACUCCGGUCCCCCACCGGAACCUGAUCCUGAUAAUCCGGAUGACAGGAUGAAGCAAGUCAUGCAACAGAUACGGAAGCGUUGCCCGGGAAGGAGGCCACCUGAUUGCUCGAGUCCACAACCCCUAGGUAUGGAGGACGGCAGAAUCCCUGAUGGUCGCAUCAAGGCGUCCAGCCACUGGGGGUCUAUUAAUUGUUGCCCUGCCAGAGAGGCACGCCUCAAUAAUGAUCUCAGAUGGAUAGCCUUGAGUACCGAUGCCAAUCCCUGGAUUGAGGUAGACCUUGUUGAGAGCACUGUGGUGACAGGUGUCAUCACACAAGGCUCCGGCGGUGGCUCGUAUGUGACGCAGUUCAAAGUGGCGUAUCAGAAGCAACCCUCAUCUGAUCGUGAACACGUAAAAGAUAAAAGCGGCAACGUGAAGGUGUUCAUCGGUAAUACUGAUGUCAGCACCACGGUAACCAACCUGUUCGAUGAGAGUGUGGUGGCAGCAGUAGUGCGCAUUGAGCCUACUGAAUGGCAAGUUGGUGUUGGUCUGCGAUUGGAGCUGCUUGGUUGUCAUCUGGAUUAA